CUCGUCUGUGUCGCCUCUGUCUCUCUCUCCCCUUCUUCCUAUAUAUAUAUAUAUAUGCCUCCGUAUCGAACUCUGUAGCUCAGCUGUUACUAUUUUAAAUCUCUUCUCUCAUGCACUUCAGUUGAAGAAUCAAUGGCGGCUUUUGUUCAGCAAUCCCUAGUAAAUCCUCUACCCGCCCAAAUCACCGUUAAACCUUCGCCGUCUGAUCAAUUUCCUAGAAUUGACAUCAAAUCGCCUCUGAUUUCGGUUAAACGCCGCUGUAGUGCAACAGUGUUGGCAUCUGUUCAUGGAGGCAACGACAGAAUCGAAGCUGAGGAGAAGAAGAACAAUAACAACAACACCCAUGUUGCUCUGCAAUUGCAGGAUAAUUCUUAUGACGUUGUUUCCAGAGACGCCCUUCCUAGGCCUUUAUCGUCUUCUCAUUUCUCUUCGGUCUCUGACGGGUCUCGUCUUCGCGUUGCUUAUCAGGGAGUUCGUGGCGCGUACAGCGAGUCAGCAGCAGAGAAAGCGUAUCCGAAAUGUGAAGCAGUGCCUUGCGAGCAGUUUGAUACCGCUUUUGAGGCUGUUGAGCGAUGGCUUGUGGACAGAGCAGUUCUGCCUAUUGAAAAUUCUUUAGGUGGUAGCAUCCACAGAAAUUAUGACCUUUUGCUCCGGCACAGACUGCAUAUAGUCGGGGAGGUCAAAUAUGCUGUUCGCCAUUGCUUACUAGCCAAUAAUGGAGUUACAGUAGAAGACUUGAAGAGGGUCCUAAGUCAUCCUCAGGCUCUUGCACAAUGCGAGCAUACAUUGACAAGUCUGGGAUUGGUCCGGGAAGCAGUGGAUGAUACUGCUGGUGCAGCAAAGCAUGUUGCACUGCACAAACUGAAAGACACAGGAGCUGUUGCUAGUUCUGCUGCUGCAAAGAUCUAUGGCUUAAAUAUAUUAGCUGAAGAUAUUCAGGAUGAUUGUGAUAAUGUUACUCGAUUUCUGAUGCUAGCUAGGGAACCUAUAAUUCCAGGCACAGACAGGCCAUUCAAGACAAGUAUUGUCUUUUCACUGGAGGAAGGACCUGGAGUGCUUUUCAAAGCACUUGCUGUUUUUGCUUUACGUCAAAUUAAUCUUACUAAGAUUGAAAGUCGUCCAUUGCGGAAGCAGCCCUUAAGAACGUCUGAGGAUAGCAACAAUGGGUAUCCAAACCGAUAUUUUGACUAUCUUUUUUAUGUGGAUUUUGAGGCAUCAAUGGCUGACCAGAAAGCACAAAAUGCCCUUAAGCACCUGAAGGAGUUUGCUACAUUCUUGCGAGUCUUGGGGAGUUAUCCGGUGGACACUAGCAUGAUAUGAAUCUAACAUGGACUUUGGAGAAUACAGUAUCGUGAAAAUUGAUGCAGUGAUCAAAUGGAUGCAACAAACAUGAUUAAUUCCCAUUUUGUUGCAGUUUUGUUAAUAUCUUCUCUAUACUGCCCUUGUAAUCAUUUGCAGCUAAUUGGGCAUUUUUUUAUGGCGUUUGUUCAAAAUUUUCUUUUGGUUCAUUUUGUCCGGUUUUUAGCACGAUUUGCAAAAGUGCAGUUUAUGGAGAGAGUCAGGCUUAUUUCUUUUCCCAUUGUUUGAUAUAAAUAAAUUUCAAGGACAGAAUUUUACUUAUAAUAAUUGAUUGAUAUA